CCUAUUAUCAAACUUGUGUACAAUGUAUAUCUGUAAAGCUGACAGUAGUCUUCCUUCCUAUUGGCUACAAGCGGAGUCCUUACUUGUAGCUUACGUCCCGCCUUCUGCAUUACAAUGUGCUUAUGACAGUAUACAUGCUAUCAAGAACUGGUUUGAUAUAGUUGGCUUCACUUGAAAAGGACACAGGAAAAGAAAACUGAUUUUGCAGUUAACAAAAUAAGCUGGAAAAAAAACAACAUAUUGAUUUAUUUGAUGAUUGUAUACCCAAAACUUCACAACACAUACUCAGGGACAGAUUUACAUUAUAAAAAUCGUAAUCUACAAAGGAAAUCUGUUUUAUCUUAAACUUCAAAACAUAACGAAGCACACAACAUAUUCUAAUCUUUCUUCUGUUCCAAGUAAUUUCUAUCGAAGGUAUGUUCUUAACAUUUAUAAUUUAGCAAUUAUUCAAGCACGGUAAUGUUUUUAAAUAAUUGCCUUAGAUUCAUGAGUAUUAUUUAACUUUGUAUUAAUUUUCUCCAAAGUGCAAUGAUUUUAAAUAUUUUUUCAUCAACUGUUGUGGCUCUUUAAUGAAAAUUUUAUAAAAAGUUAUCGGUCUCCUUAUAUGAUUCUGUCAUAAAUUCAUUAAAAAAAAAAAAAAAAUUGAAAAUGUAUUCCUCUGGAAGACAGAGAUACAGGCCUACUACAAGUUUGAGGAGAUCUACUUCAAAGCCAAAUCUCUCUUUCUCAACAAUUACAGAGGAAUGUGUACCAAAAGACAUACACUUUCCUGAUGAUGAAGAGAAAAGAGAAAGAACACAGCGGCUAAGAAAACUCCAACGAUUAAGAGAACGUCGUUACAGAGACUUUAAAGGUUUAUCACGCUCAGGUGUAACAGAUGACUAUGAGUCACGUUUUGCAAAUGAUCUGGAAGAAUUUAGAAGUAUAAAGACUGGAAAUGUACCUACUGGAGAUGAUGCUUUAUCAAAAAAUCAACAGUUUGAACACAAGUUUUCAAGAUUUCAAAGCAAAGAUAUAUAUAGCACUCUUCCAGCAAGGAUAGGUGCUAGAAAGUUUAUUGACAAUUCAUCAAAAGACCCUAUACUUUCCCCUACAGGUAGUGUUAGCUCUACUGCAACUGUUGAUGAAAGAUUUAUGUAUGGUUCCAGAUUUGAGAAUGAGGAUUACGAUUAUUCCUGGAGACCUCGUCAACGUACUUACUCAUUAUCAACAGCAUCAAAUUAUGAUUAUGAUUCUUCAAUGUAUAGCCAUCUCAAUGAGGAUGGUCUCGAUGACGGCCCUUUUGAUGACACAACAUCAGAGUAUGAUUAUGGUUAUAGUUCAAUACAUGGACUGAAACGCUCCUUUUCAACAUGUGUUACUCCUCACAAAUAUUCAGGGAUGAUGACACCUGUAGCUAUGAGUACUGAAGCAGCAGCUACUGCUGAUCGUCUUGACCAAAUUAAAGAAAGGCUCUAUAAUUUGCAAGCUAUGAGAAAAGAAAGAGAAUCUGCUGAAAAACCUAAUUGUGAAAGAAGUAGUUUGUCAUAUAAUAAGGAGGUUAAUAAUGAGCAAAUUAGUACGUCAAUCUCUAAUUAUCAAACAUCUGAAAGUAGGUAUCAGUCUUUGAAUAUUCCACAAGAUAAUAAUAAUAACAGCUCAAGGCCCCUUUGGUCUCAAAGAAUAGAUCUUCUUAUGUCAUCCCAGAAGCAGAAUGAUACACAACAUGACCAAAACUUUAACCAGGAAGCUUAUACUUCUAUGAAUGAGGCUACAUCAAAUGUAAAGAUUGUUGACGGUAGUGAACCAGUUCCAACUGAUAUAAGCUUUGAUCAAGAAAGUUUCUAUUCUUUUGAGGCAGGUGAAGAUGACAUUGCAAACAUAAAAUCAAUAAACAAAAGCACCGGGGCAACUGAAACGGAAUAUGAUUACACAGACUGUGUAGAUCCAGGAAGUGUUCAAAUUAGUUUAGAAAGUUACAAUGAUAAUAAAUUUCUGGGCUUUGAAGGUACUCAAAGUCUAGAAAGCAGUGUCACCAGCCACACAGUAAAACCAAUCCAAUUAACUCAACGUAAAACUCCUGCACAAUCACAUUCAAAACAAAAUUAUUUAUCUAAAGCAGUGGCUCCUGAAGUACAUUCUCUUCCAAAAACAAGUAAUUUAGGUUCAGAAAUGCAAAACUAUAAAGAUUUGAGUCGAGAUGAACUCUUGCUGGAAAUUGCUCGAUUAAAACUGGCAAACAUUGAAAGAGAUCCACCAAACACUGAAUCAAUUGCUCAUACUAAAACUGUUGAAACUGAAAGUCAAGUUAAAUUUUUACCAGAUGAUAAAGCAAAUAUAAACAUAACUAAAUUAAAAUCAGUUGAAGUAGGUAGCAAGAUAAGUUCUGACAAUAUACGGUAUCAAGAUCCUUAUAAUGCAUCAGUUUCCAUAAAUAAUGCUGUUGAUGAAAGUGUUUCAAUAACAGCUAAAGAUUCAAAGUUAUCUGAUUCAAAGACACCCUCAGAAUCUGAGGAAGAGAUACUAUCAGAAUUUGAGCAAGAGAUGCAGUCAGAAUCUGAUGAACAGCCACAAUCACAUAGCCAUAUAGUUGACCGAGAAGAGAAUUUUAUUAAUGAGAAAGAAAAAUGCCAAAUUGAACAUUCUAUGUAUUUUAAAUCUGUUACUGUGGAAAAGCCAAGUGUAGAAACAUCAGAAAACAUAGCCCAUAAAAUCACUGAGGAUAAAUUACAAAAGCAAUAUUCACCAGUCAUAAAAGAAACAUUUGAGAAAAAACAGAAUUUUAGUGAGGAAAACUUAGAAAUAGCAUCAUUAAAAGAUCUUCAAAAUAACAAUUUUUCAUUGGAAACUCCUGCAACUCAAACACAAGUGUCCUGGAAUUUUUCUGAAACCUCUAAUUCAGAAAACAUCAGCAGUGAUUCUUUAGCUGGAAGUCACCAAGAAAGCUUGACCAAAUUUGAUACCACUUUCGAUAACUCCAAUAAUUUAACAGAUACUUUUUCGAAAGAGACAAACUCUGUUGAGUUAAUCUCUCAAACCCAGUCAGCACCUUAUCAAGCUCCAAAAGAAAUUACUGUAAAUGAAAGUGAUUUUCAUGAAAAUUCUUUGACUUCAAGAAAAGAUGAAAUGCUUGAAACAAAGAAACUUUCAGUCGAUGUUACUAUUACACCUAACAAUGAUAAUAUUAGCAAAACAAAAUCCCCCGAGAAAUGCAACAGUAUUGCAUAUUCUUCAACAGAAAAUGAAGUGGAAAUGCCAAGAGUUUUAGCUUCAAGUCCCUUGUUUGUACCUUCCCAAGAUACUUCUUAUACCUUUAUGAAUAAAACAACUGUUAAGGAUAACACUGAUAGCCCCUCUUGCUUAAAUGAAUUAAAGACAAACCAAAUGAAUGAAACAUUAACAUGUAAACCUCUGGAUAUGCAGAAUUAUGUAGAUGCUAACAUGAACAUAAAAGAAGGUGUUGAUUCUACAAAGUUGAAGGCAAUUGAAAUACCAAUAAAAGAUAAAGGAAUAGAAACAUUUAAUGAAGAAGGUGUUGAUUCUACAAAGUUGAAGGCAAUUGAAAUACCAAUAAAAGAUAAAGGAAUAGAAACAUUUAAUGAAGAAGGUGUUGAUUCUACAAAGUUGAAGGCAAUUGAAAUACCAAUAAAAGAUAAAGGAAUAGAAACAUUUAAUGAAGAAGGUGUUGAUUCUACAAAGUUGAAGGCAAUUGAAAUACCAAUAAAAGAUAAAGGAAUAGAAACAUUUAAUGAAGAAGGUGUUGAUUCUACAAAGUUGAAGGCAAUUGAAAUACCAAUAAAAGAUAAAGGAAUAGAAACAUUUAAUGAAGAAGGUGUUGAUUCUACAAAGUUGAAGGCAAUUGAAAUACCAAUAAAAGAUAAAGGAAUAGAAACAUUUAAUGAAGAAGGUGUUGAUUCUACAAAGUUGAAGGCAAUUGAAAUACCAAUAAAAGAUAAAGGAAUAGAAACAUUUAAUGAAGAAGGUGUUGAUUCUACAAAGUUGAAGGCAAUUGAAAUACCAAUAAAAGAUAAAGGAAUAGAAACAUUUAAUGAUAAAGAUUUAUCAGAAAUACCUACUGAUUCUAAAAAUGAUACUAAAUAUUUCCAAACUGAAUUGUCAACAACCCAUUCUCCAGCCAAAGGAGGUGAGAAUUCAGAAAGCUAUGUAUUAAAAACUACUAAAGAAGUAGUUGUGGAUCAAGAACAAGGAGCUGCAAUUCAUGAAAGAUUCUCUGAAGAUCAACAAGAAUCUAAAGGAAAAUCUGAAUUCAUUCAGGACUGCCCACCAAAAUCUGUAAUAAUGCCACAUGUAACAGAAAAUUCUAAAAUAAUUAUUUCUACUACCAAAUCAUCUGAACCUCUUUAUACUUCAAGUCUUUCUGUUAGCCUUCCAAAUUCUCCAUCACAGCUGACAAAGGACAAUGUUGAUGCUGAACCCAAGACAGAAACUGUUAACUUAAUGGAACAUUCUGUUGAAACACAGCCAUCUUUGAAUGGUUUCUCUACUACCUCAAAUAGUGCCUCUAUAUAUUUAGUGCCAAAUAAAAAAUAUAUAUCUACAACUACAUCUGUACAAAAUCAAUUUAAUUCAGAUAUAGAUGGGAAAUCUGAUGCAAAAAUGUUUGAUUUGACAACUCUAGAAGCUACUCCAGAGAUAAAGUCUCCUGAAAUAAAUUUUGAGAACAACUUGAAGGCCUCAAAAGCAGACAGUUCUUUUAUGCAGGUUGUUAAAACUGAUGCAAAUGAUUCUUCUGUUACUUAUCAGAAGGAAACAUCUGAAAAGCCUCGUGCAUUUGCUAUUGGUUUAGAUGCUUUGCAAUCUAAAAGUGAAGACAGAUUAAAUAUUUCUGAGCAGCCAAUACAUUCCAAUAAUCAAACAAGUGAAUCAUUAAAUAUUUCUCCCCAAACUACUUUAAGUGAACGUGAGUUGGACAAAGAGACAACUGCUGAAGUAGCAAAUUUAAAAGUAUAUAAUGAAAAAGAAGAAGAAGGGCCAAAUGAGAUUUUUGAGGGGCCGUCAAUGAUUUCAACUAAACUUCCUAUCAGUUCAAACAAUACCCCAGAACUUACAGAGUCCAGUUUUGAGCUAUGCCACCAAGAAAAUGUAUCCAUGAAAUUAUCACCUGAAAAUAACAGUGAACUUCCAAAUUAUUCAAUUAGUUCUUAUCAAACAGCCCUUCCGCAAUCUUCUGUAACUGAGAAUAAUUCUCUUUCCUCCCCUUCUAAAAUUGUUUCUGUAGAAUCAACAAGUUAUGUACAACCAAAUUUCUAUAAGGAUAAAGAGGAUUCCCCCAUACUGUUGAUGAAAGAUGUUCCUUCAUUUGAUCUAAAAGACAGUAGUGAAUUAAAAAGUCCAAAAUGUGAGGUGAAUGCUGAUGUGAAGGAUCUCUCAACUGAAAACAACAACUUGAACAGUUUUUCAACAUUAUCACCCUCACAGUCAAAUUACAGCAAUACUGUCAAUAGAGAAUUCUCACAUGAAUCAUAUGCUUCAUCUGAUAUGCAAACUCAAAACUUUACAACUAUUACACCAAAAAGCAUACUUGUAACAGCUUCUCCAAAGGAAACUACAAAUUUGCCAAAAAGUCCUUCCAUAAAUAUACGUAAAGAAAUCUUUGGAGAAGAAAUUAACACAUUUGAUACCACUUUCAUGAAACCCAAUAAAUCUGCUCUGAAAUUAGUGGCACCAGAUUCAGGUACAUUGAUAAAAACCAAAUAUGAAACAGAAGGAGAAAGAAUCCAAUCAAUGAUACCAAGAAGCCCUGGAAAGAGGAAGGACUAUGAAACUAAGCAAUUUUCGGAUAAUACAGAAUUUCCUGCUAAGAGUGAUACCAGUUCAAAAGACUUUCCUGACAGUUCUUUUCAAACCAUAUCUGAUCCUCAGGUUGUCAUUUCUGCAAAAGCCAAAACAGUUGAAAUAGAAAAACCUGAAAGUCAGCCUGAUAUUCAAUACCUUGCUACAACCUCCUUGGACUCUAUGUCAACUAUCCAGUAUGGAGCCAAUUCAAAUAUCGAAAAUGUUGGUCAACACACAUCUGAAAUUAGCAUGGAACUAUCAAAAAAUACUGCUUUUUCAUUAGAGAGAAACAAUUCUGAUAUUAAUUCCAGUGAGUCUGACACCAGAUAUCUUCAUGGCUCAUCACAAGAAGCAAUUGCUUUUGAUGGAUCAAAGCAUGGAAAACCACAUCAGACAGACACUCUCAAUGAUAAUGAAAAUAAAGACUUUUCGUUGAUACUUCCAAAAACUCAAAGCACUCAGCCUUCAUCUCCAAACAUGCAGAAAUUGGAAAGUUCAGCAGAUACAAUUCCACUUGCAUCAAAUAAAGAUCAUUAUGAAAUCAAAGCCCCUGAGCAUAUUAAGCAAAAAGCUAAUGCUAAUGAAAAUAGACCAACUGAACAAUGGUCAUAUGAGGAAACACCACCCACUUUCAGUAAAAGUAAUUCUUUACCAAGAAAAAAGAAAAAACCCUCAAAAACUCCAGAUUCUCCUCAAUCCUCUGAAAAAGCUAACAUAAGUGCUGAGGAUGAUGGGAAUGUAAAUAAAAAAUCUUCACAGAAAAAAUGGAAAUCAGUUGAACUUCUACAAAAAGGAAACCAAAAAAAACCUGAAGUACCACCCAAGAGUUCAGGACCUGGUCUUGUGAAAAGCACUUCAAUGAAAUUUUUAGCUAAAUUUCAAUCAAAGUCUAAAAAACAAAAGAGUUCAGAGGAACCUACUGACUUACUUCAUCCAACUCUUAAAAAGGGUCAAAGUGAAUACUCUGUACUCAAUUCAGACCCCAGCUAUCAGCAGGAUGAAUUUCUGGGUUCAGACCCAGCACAAAGAACAAGACACUACAAAACAUUGCCCCACAAAAAGAAAGAAAAUUCUGAAAAUGCACCAGGCCUAUUGAGGAGAUUCAGUUAUGGCAGUUUUCAAUAUAAAUCUCUCAAAAAAGAUGUUGGCAGUAAAUCAAAGAAAGAAAUUGAUUCCUUGGUCAGCCCCUUUAACAAGCCACUACCUAAACAGGAUGAAGAUAUGUUUAUUGAUGACAGACAGUCUUUUAAUCAAUGGGAUCCAUCCCCACUUUUUAUGGAUUUAUACAAUAUCCAUUUGGUUCCUGAUGAUACACAAGAUUUUUCCUCUGAUUUUAUUGGAAUGGAAGGAGUUAUGGAAAAACUACCUAUGAAUAAAAAAAAGUCAACCCUACUGAAAACUUGGAAAAGAAGAUAUUUUAUGGCAAAAAAUGGAUGGCUUGUUUACUAUGAUAAUUGUGGAGACCAGCAACCCAGUGAUGAGAUAUUGUUGAUGGGAGGAACCAUAACAGUUAUGGGCAACAAUGUAAUUGGUAUUGAUGAUGGUAGGGGUCAUUACCUGAUGGUGCGAUGUCCUUCAUCAAAAGAAUAUGAUCAGUGGUUAGCUGCACUUCAGAGUCAAACAGUAGACAACUUGAAAGCUAACUAUAUCCAGCCUUUAGUAGAUGCUCCAAAAUCUUCUUAUAAGAAUAUUCUGAUUGUUGAAAUGGGAAGUAUGUCAGUUAGAGCUGGCAUUUUGAAAGAAAAUGUCACUUUGCCUCAGAUCUUCUUCCCUAGUGUUGUUGCAGUAAACUAUUCUGAAAAGAAGCAUUUUGUUGGAUUUGAAGCUUAUAAACCCAAGAAUCGUCUUUCUUCAAAGAUCAUGCAUGUAUUUGGACUUUCGGACAAAGUAGAUAAGUUCAAAAUUGAAUACGAAAUCUUUCCAUCCGUUUUCUCAGCUAUCUUCCAGGAUUUGAAAAUAAAACCUCCAGAUUAUCAAGUCAUGCUGGUUAUGCCUUUGAAUAUUAGUAAAAAAGAUAAGGAAAAUAUUAUGAAAAUAUUGAUGAACCGGUUCCAUGUACAAGGAGUGUGUAUGGUAACACAAGCUAUCACAGCUCUCUAUUCCUACAAAUCCAAAUCUGGUAUAAUGGUUGAUAUUGGUGAAAGACUGGAGGUUAUUCCUAUUUAUGAUGGAUUUGCAAUUGAAGGGGGACAAUCAGUUCAGUCAUAUGGUGCUGGCAAAAUUCGGCAGUCAUUGAGAUCUGGAUUGGCAAAACACAAUUUUCCUUUGUACUCACCAUUAGAACAAAUUCUUAUUCGAUACAUUAUGGAGCAGACAUGCUAUGUAUCCAAAAAUUAUGAAGAAGAGAUACAGAAAUAUAUGCAGCAGCCAGAAAAGUUCUUGUCAUCAGUAUAUUUAAACAAAUAUGAUAUACCAAAAGACACCUAUAGCACCAUAAGCCAUGAUAUCAGCUGCUUUGCAAGUCCUGAAGGUUUCUUUAAUACAGACCUGUGGGGUAUGGACUAUCCCACAGUCCAAGCCCUGGUAUUAAAAGCAAUUAAUGCAUGUCCAAUGGAUAACAGGAGGCAUAUGUGCAGAGCUAUCUACCUGAGUGGAGGUGUAACAAUGAUCCCUGGGUUUGCAGCAAGAUUGGAGAAGGAAGUUCAAAAACUAGUCAAUCCAUCUCUACUUGUGCAGGUUCAUUCUUCUCCCCAAAGAUACCAUGCAGCCUAUAUUGGAGCUUGCAUUCUAAGUGCACUACCAGAGUUCCAAAACCACUGUAUUUUAGCAAAUGAAUGGAAAAGAGACGGUACAAGAGCCUUUCAAAAAUGGAUUUAUUAAAUUGCUCGACUUGAUGCUAAUUUCUCGGUGAAGAAAAACAAAUUAUAAAUAUCUUCUGUCUAAAUUACUUACACAAUUUACUGUAUUAUAAUAACCUUAAAACCUUUAUACUUUGAAUUCUAUUUUUUUUCUACAUAAAAUUUUUAUGCUUGGAUCAUCCACAUUUCCUUGUCUUCCAGUAAUUAAUGCUUCUCUCAAAGACACUCACAGCCUCACUUAAUUUCUUUUUCAUUAUGAUAAAAAUACUACUGCAAUAAUGGGCGCUAUAAUUUCCAAGAAGUUAAAGGCAUGACUUCUUUUACUCAGAAACAAUAAUAAUAAUGUUGCAAAUUAAAGAAAUAAAAUGUUAUAUAUUAUCCACAGGUUUCAGAACUCUGUUUCACAGUGAGUAAAUAGAAAGAAUAUUUUCAAAGAUGAAUUAUUUAAUAAAGGCUGAAGUAAAACAA